AAUUCUUUCUUUCCGGUAAGCCAUGCCUUUCCAAAGAUUCGUACAGACUGGCCGCAUUGCCAAGUGCUCAGCGGGUCCCUUGAAGGGACGCCUCAUCACUAUCGUCGAUGUUAUCGACCAAAACAGGGUACUUAUUGAUGGCCCAUUGACUGGUGUACCACGUCAAGAAUACAGGCUUAACAACCUUCACUUGACCAAAUACCGCAUCAAGUUCCCGUUCACAGCCCCAACCAGGAUUGUGCGCAAGGCUUGGGUGGACAAUGACUUGAAGGCCAAAUGGAAGUCGACCCCAUGGUCUAUUAAAUCACAAAACAUUUGCAAGCGCACUCGGCUUAACGACUUCGACCGUUUCAAGUUGAGGUAUGCCAAACGCCAGAGGAACAAGCUUCUGACGGUUGCAUUCAAUGCUCUUAAGAAGAGGACAAAGAGUGACGGAACCACACGUGUUUUGAAGAAGGACAGACGCGCGAAGAUCCUCAAGUCAAAGGCCGAAAAGAAGGCUGGAGGCAAGAAGUAAAAUUGAUCUUUUAAGCCAACCUGUUUUUUUAUAAAGCCUCUAAAAUAAAUUUUAAAAAAUAUAACAACAAA